GGGGCCGGGGGCGCCCCUGACGCGGCGACUCGGGUGUUGCCCGCCCCGUUGUUCCCCGCGGCAGGUGGCCCCCAACACGAGCUGCCUCCAUGGGAAACACCACCAGCGACCGGGUGUCCGGGGAGCGCCACGGCGCCAAGGCUGCACGCGCUGAGGGCGCCAGCGGCCAUGGCCCGAGCAAGGAGCACAAGAUCAUGGUGGGCAGCACCGACGACCCCAGCGUCUUCAGCCUGCCCGAUUCUAAGCUCCCUGGGGACAAAGAGUUUGUAUCAUGGCAGCAGGAUUUGGAGGACUCCGUAAAGCCCACACAGCAGGCCCGGCCCACUGUUAUCCGCUGGUCUGAAGGAGGCAAGGAGGUCUUCAUCUCUGGGUCCUUCAACAAUUGGAGCACCAAGAUUCCACUGAUUAAGAGCCAUAAUGACUUUGUUGCCAUCCUGGACCUCCCUGAGGGAGAGCACCAAUACAAGUUCUUUGUGGAUGGACAGUGGGUUCAUGAUCCAUCAGAGCCUGUGGUUACCAGUCAGCUCGGCACAAUUAACAAUUUGAUUCAUGUCAAGAAAUCUGAUUUCGAGGUGUUUGAUGCUUUAAAGCUAGAUUCUAUGGAAAGCUCAGAGACAUCUUGUCGAGACCUCUCCAGCUCACCUCCAGGGCCUUAUGGUCAAGAAAUGUAUGUGUUUCGAUCUGAGGAGAGAUUCAAAUCCCCACCCAUCCUGCCUCCUCACCUACUCCAAGUUAUUCUUAACAAGGAUACUAAUAUUUCUUGUGACCCAGCCUUACUCCCUGAGCCCAACCAUGUUAUGCUGAACCAUCUCUAUGCAUUGUCCAUUAAGGACAGUGUGAUGGUCCUUAGCGCAACCCAUCGCUACAAGAAGAAGUAUGUCACUACUCUGUUGUACAAGCCCAUCUGAAAGAAUCCCUUCUUCCUCCAAGGAUUCAGGAGAAGCAUCUCCCUUGCCUUUCUAGACUGCACCAGUCUUACCUGAGACUGGAAGGCUGAUUUGCUUUGAGGCCGUUAUGUGUAUUUCAGAGCCUUCAAGUAGGAUGCUCUGCUUUUGCAUUUGAUUGCAGAUGAGAGCUUUAUGAGUUCAUGGAAUUUAUUUUAAGAAAAAUAAUAUAUAUGUAUAUGAGAGGAAGGUAAAUGGAAGCUUCCUAGCCCCAGCUAGACGUAUUCUGUCUGCCUGUGGCUAUUCACCAAGACCUGUUUGGGGGAGCUAUAGGAAUAACUCUGUAGGAAAAUUUUUUCCUAAAAUGAAAGAACAGCAAACUCUUAGGAUCCUUCUUGGGCGGAGAUUCUAUCACUGCUACCUUGGCUUUCCAAGGGAUGGACUUGUGUUAGACUGCUGCCCUCCUUACAGCUGCCUCAUUGCGAGGGCAGCUUUUCUUGCAUGGGUUCUCUGUAUUCCCAGAGUAUGUAGCACAAUCUGUAUUUUUUGUAUGACACCAGAUGCCCCGCAAGAACCCUUUUUCCUCUCAUUUCACAUUCUUCCUUUAAUAGCCUCCUUCAGAUCACAUACCUGACCCCUCCCUAACACAAAACUAAUUGGGUAAGUGACCCCUUUGAAAAGUUAUAUAGGACCUGACCCACCUCAGAGACUAGGGCUGCCAGAAGGUUUCCUGUGUAGCCCAGCACAGGCCCAGGCCACUUUGCUACUGCUCAUUUUAACUUCUGCUAAACAAAAUAUGUCUCAGCAUUAUAAAAAAGGCAGAAUGCAGAAAAUCUACUUUUCUUUUUUUAGUUUGGUCCCAAGGCUUAGGCUCUAUUGGCACAUUCCCAUAGGUUUUCCCACUUGGCCUGGCCCUGCUCCCAUCUUUUCUCUCUCAGAGAGGACAGCUCGGAAGGUAAGAAUGGAACCAGGGAAAACUUUCAUGUCUUUCAUCCUUGAAAGAUUUUUAUGUGCCUGCAUUUUUCUUUAAUUAAAAAAAAAUGCCUUUCCAUUGGUCUUAAGAGACUGCAUUGGAGAACUUCAGGCUAUUGAUAAACGGUUCUUAAGAUUUUCUUCUCUAGCCUAGCCCUCUACAAUCUUACGUUAUUAUGGCUAACCCUGUGCACAUCAUUACACUAAACACUGUUCUAGAUACAAUUUCAUUCAACUGAUUUGAUGCACUACAGGGUUCCCUUAACUUAAAGAUUUAUUAAGCCAAGAAGCAAGAAAGUAUUCCUGGUUUUCCCAACCAUGAAAAUAUCAUUCUUUGCACUAAGCAUUAACAAGAUCAUUUUGUUCUUCUGCCUCUUCUUUUAAAAAUAUUUGAUGAUGAAAAACAAAAAUAUUUGAUGAUGAAGUGGGGUCACUGAUUUCAAUUUUAGACUGAAAAGUAGCUAUUCAAUCCACUUUUGGGGUUCAGAGAUAAAACUUUUUUUUCCAAGUAUCUGUGGCUCUUCCAUUUUACAGAUACCAAGUCAAAACAUUCAACACUGAAGGAGGCCAAACUGUUGAUGAUUGAGAAACUCCUUGACUGCUAAGAUAAGUCCUGCCACACUGAAAGCGCACCCACAAAUCAGUUUAGCUACCUCCUGUCUUUUCCACGCAAGGCUGGCAACACAGUUGUCUUUGGGCAUGUAGAAUUCUUGGACGCCAGGUAUGAGGCAGUAAGGUGUGGGUUCAUCGUUUUGCUGGGAUGCAAAUUAUCGAAAGCUUUGGUGGUUAAUUGCUGAGAGGAAAUACUGCUUUAGCCAUCCGAGGCCACCUUCUGCAGCAAAAGGUAUUUGUGGAGAACCUUUUAUGGUCCCAACUACUUUUUCAAUGACGUGCCAUUUAAAAAAUCCAAGCCAGAUCUUAUUCUAACCAAGUCUCAGGAUUUACAUAGUCUUCAGUUAUAGGAGAAUUUUAUGUUUAUCCAAAACCCAUUAAAUAAGUGGGCCACUUAGGAGGAUUCAAAAUCUUGGUUAUUACAUAGAGAAUUUUGUUGUACUCAUUUUUUGUCAGAAGUAUUGAAAUGUAAUUAUGUGUUCGUAUAUUAAAAUUUUUACUCCACACAGGGGUAUCAGUAGAGUGGGGCAGGAAAAGAGAUCUCUUCAGUUUCCCUCAGGCUAGAAGCUUCUGUGAAUUGGGUCUGGUUCCAAUGCCAGUAGGUGCUGGUGACCUUCAGAUCUUUCUAAUCUGGAAAUGUGCAAAGUGUGUCAGUUUCCCAAGCUCUGAGGUAAUCUUUCAGCCAGAUGUGAAACAGGAGCCCACCAGCUGGUAUAGAACAGAUGGUUAAGAAGAACUGGGUGAUGACGUAUUCAGCGCUGUCCUUUUUCUGUACUGCUUAUGCACCCAUGGCUCUGAGAAGCCCUAUCUUGGUCUGUCCUCGAGACACUGUUCUGGAGGAGAGAGAAGGAAGGUAGCUCAAAGUACAGUUCACUCAUCCUUUUACUUAGUUAAAAGGAUAGUUUAUUUUAUGCAGAAGAGAGUUUGGCAGAUUUUGAAAAUGAGUAAAGGCAAAAAAAAUUUUUUAGCCUUUUUUUUUUUUUGGCCUAUCAGAAUUUCAGGGUCAAAGUUGGGAGAAUAAGAAAAUAAGUCUUCAGGAGGGGCUGACCCUUAAAGAACUGCAACAUGUUUUUGGGGUUGUGGGGAAAAGAAAGAGAGCAAUUGAGUUGAGGAGUGAUAUUAGGAAGAUAAAGGCUUAACUAUUAUAACUCAGAAAUGAAAAAUAUCCUUUUUUAAAAAGACCUGAAAUCACACAUAACAUGGUGGUCUUCUGGGAUCUCAUUGUAACAAAACUUAGCAGUGUGUAAACCAUCUUCCCUUUGCCUUUUCUUGUUCCUGUUCUGUACCCUUUCCUCUGUAUUUUGCUUUAACUUCAUUUGUCAGGUAGACUUUGUCAGAGUCUCAAGUCACACAUUACCUAAAACAUAGGUUAGUUAUUUUGCUGGUAUGGAGAACUUCCACCCGUGAUAAUUAGCUUGCUCUAGAGUUGACUGGGAUUUAACCACUGUGGGCAACACCCCUUAGCCUCAGUGGUAUUUUAGGCAUACUUUUAAACAUAUGCUUAUAUGGUGGCGAAUCCAAGAGAAGUUUCUGAGGAUCCUGCGGACCCAGGCCCACUCACUUUCCUUCAGUUAUUUUUAGUCUUUUGUAGAUUUAAUGGAUCUGAGAUAAAACCUUAGAAAAGUGUCAAUACUCCAUGUUAUGCUGCUAAAAUGAAGUUAAAUUAAGAAAGAAGUGAUACCUCCACACUGGGUUUAUAUUAAUCUGGGAUAUAAGUGAAGGAGACAUACUAAUGAUAGAAUUCCCUGCUUUUGACUGGGGAAAUAGGGCUUUUAAAUUUUUGACCUCAACUAAAAAUGAUAUGCAAUAGUCUAUGUUUGUGUGUGUUUGAAAUACAUUGUAUUCUCAGAGAUUUCUACAUCCUCACAUUCUAGUAAUUUGGGGCAUGGGCUUAACAACAGAUACACAGUUCAUUCCUGCAUUAUUCUGAUUCAUCCUUAAAGCCAAGUUCUUGCUGUCUUCUACCAGGGGCUGCUGGCUCCGGUUACCCAUGUAAUGGAGGACCUGGGAGGGAUAGUGGUUAGGGUCUUUCAAAACUUUAUGGAUCUAAGUAUUUGUCUCUUCUCAAGUGCCAAUCACAAUUGGAGAUUGAAGGACUGUGAUUUCUGUAACUUUUGGAGUAAAAAGCUAAAUCUUUUUUUAAAUUAUAAAAAGAAAGAAGGAAGAAAAGAUAGAAAAACUCAAGUCUGUUACUUGUAGAAUCCAAUUCUUAGCAAAGGAAUAGCUCUAGGAUUCUAAUUUGGGCUUUGUCUUGGUUUGCUUUUCUUAAUUGUGCUUUGAAGUGAAUAAGCUUCAUUAAAAAUUAAUUUUUUUUUAUUAGUUCCAACACUAGUUGGUGUUCACUUGAAUUAAUUGUGUGUAGCACAGUACUUUUGCAGCAAGAUCGGUGUGAAAUACUAAACACUCUGGAUUUUGUAGGUGUCAGGUUAAAUGGUCAAUUAUACCUACAUUAAGUAACAUCUUAGGUAUUGAUUAUCUUAAUUCUUUUCUAUUUCCCUCUACAGAACACUUACCCUACCCAGCUUGUGGUUUUAGGACAGCCAAAGCUCACUGUUGUUUAGUCCUAUCUCUACACUGGGUCCCAUAUAUGAUACCUGUUUGAAUUUUGGUAAAUUGGAGGCUGUUGGUUGGUAUUACACUGAAGCAUUUUGAGUAAGUGCAGCUCUGUAUCUGUCAGAAAGGGGGGAUAAGACUAUAAUUUGAAGGGAAUUAAAUAUAUGAGAGUCUUCUUUUAAAUGGUGCUUUUUGUAACCUUUAAUGCUGAGGUACAGAGCUGCUUUUCAGUGUUUCACAAAGGAGUGACAUACAAGUAUGAAUUUUAAAGCUUUUCUCCAAAUGUAAUUUGUCAUUGGAUUCUGAUAUGCCUGAAAGUUACAUGAUGUAACACAUACAAAAAUGUGAGUUUUUCCAUAAAACUCUUUAAUAAAAGCAUUAUACAGCAAUAA